GAAUUCAUAGCAUAACUACUGUCAGUGAAGUGUCAGUGAAGGCUGGAGAUCCCAUCGCCAUCCCAUGCCUAUAUAACUUGAAAUUCAAAGAUAAUGAGAAAUGCUUGUGUAAAGGAACAGGGUGGCCAAAAUGUGAUUAUGUAGUUCAAACGAACAAGCCAGAUAAUUCAAAACAGUUUUCAAUCUCUGAUGACCAAACCCAAGGUAUCUUCACAGUCACUAUUCAUAAUCCAAAGGAUGAUGGAACAAGCUACUGGUGUGCUAUCGAGAAAAGUUGGUCAAAAGAUGUCAAAAAACGUUUUGAGCUGUCAGUCACCACAGGUAUGCCAAGUCUUCACGUGGACCAACAGGAAAUCACAGCAUUUGAAGGAGGAAGUGUGACUGUCGAGUGCCACUCUAAAAAUCCAAAAGUAACUAAGUGGUGCAGGCUGGACAGCAGCAGCUGUGUGUUGGAUCAGACUGGAUCAAUAGAUGGAGCAAAAGUCACCAUCAACAGAAGUGUCUCAAAUGUGUUCACCGUGACGAUGAGUGGACUGAAGACAGAGAACAGCGGCUGGUACUGGUGUGUUAAAGGAAAAUUACAAAUGCCAGUGCACAUAACUGUUCAUGAGUUAACCUCAACUACUUCAACUACUUCAACUACUUCAACUACAAUAAGCACCAAUACAGCAACGACACUUCAAACCACUACCCAGAAUGCCUCCCUGUUCACGAGUGAAGAGCCACCGAGAGUACAGCCCUCCUUCUCCACCGUAAUCGGGACAGGCGGAGAGAGCCUGCAAGAUAAAAACAAGAGGUCAGUACUCAUGAUUACUUUUUAAAGCUUUCUUGUACUAGAUCAGAUUGUGUACAUUUAUACAUAACCCUCUUUUC